UCUCUCUCUCUCUCUCUCUCAUCGAUCUUCCACUCUACUAUAUCCCCGUUUUACGUGGUCACAAAACCGUUACAAAUUUAUCAAUCUAUUCACUCACACGGCAGCUCCAAAAUCAUUCAGUUUGUAAACAACCGGUGAUUGAUUGAUUCUAACUAAUCAAAUCAAUUCAUAGCAAUAUGGUUAUUAUUGAAGAAGGCUUCGUGUUCGAAAAGGAAACGCAUCUGACGGUUAUGAAAACCUCUCUCUUCUUCGCCGGCGACGGCUUUUCCGUUUACGACAGCCACGGCCAGAUCGUUUUCCGCGUUGAUUCAUACGGUCCAGACUCACGUGAUGCGGGCGAGCUCGUCCUCAUGGACCCCAACGGCCGGUGUCUCCUCACCGUUCGCCGCAAGAGACCGAGUCUACACCAACGGUGGGAGGGAUUUUUAGGCGACGGAUGGGAAGGAAAGAAGCCGAUAUUCAGCGUGAGAAGAUCGUCGAUAAUCGGAAGAUCAAACAUGACGGUGGAGUUGUUCGGAGAACGAACAGAGGAGUACCAGAUCGAAGGGCAGUUCGCUAACCGAAACUGUACGAUUUACGACUCGGCGAAGGAAACAAUGGCGGAAAUUCGACGCAAAGUGGAUGCUACAACAAAUGUAACGCUAGGGAAGGACGUGUUCUUGCUAACUCUGAAACCAGGGUUUGAUGGUGCAUUUGCAAUGGGAUUGGUUCUCGUGCUUGAUCAGAUCAACGGUGAUGAUGGAGAUGAUGAUGUUGAUGUGGAACCCACCACAGAUUGUAAUCUAUCAUCUUGAGUUUGAGUUUUUUGUUUUUAUUUUUAUUUAUUAUUGUAAGGAAAAUAUGUUUGAAUAUUAUCAACCGCAUGGGGAGAUAUCACCAAGCGUAUGUGAUAUAUGAAAUAUGAAUAUUUAUAUGGUUUAAAUUGGGUUUCA